CCCUGCCGGGCGCGCGCCGCGGACCCAAACCCGGCCUCCUUCCUUUUACAUCCGACCCUCAGCUGGGCUGUCACCAGAACCCUCUAGCGUGCUGCGGAGUGCAGCCUCGACACGAGUGGGAGAGAGCGACAUGGCGGCGACAAAGUCCGAGAAUCUCUCCCUGGUGGUGCACGGACCUGGGGACCUGCGCCUGGAGAACUAUCCAAUCCCUGAGCCAGGCCCAAAUGAGGUGCUGCUGAAGAUGCAUUCUGUUGGAAUCUGCGGCUCAGAUGUCCACUACUGGCAGCAUGGUCGAAUUGGGGAUUUUAUUGUGAAAAAGCCCAUGGUGCUAGGGCAUGAAGCUUCUGGAACAGUUGUAAAAGUGGGAUCAUUGGUCAGGCACCUAAAACCAGGUGAUCGUGUUGCCAUCGAGCCUGGUGCUCCCCGAGUAACUGAUGAAUUCUGCAAGGUUGGUCGAUACAACCUGUCACCAACCAUCUUCUUCUGUGCCACACCCCCUGACGACGGGAACCUCUGCCGCUUCUACAAACAUAACGCUGACUUCUGUUACAAGCUUCCUGACAAUGUCACCUUCGAGGAGGGGGCCCUGAUUGAGCCACUGUCUGUGGGGAUCCAUGCCUGCCGGCGAGCUGGAAUCAGCCUUGGACACAAAGUCUUUGUGUGUGGAGCUGGGCCUAUUGGAAUGGUCACUUUGAUUGUAGCCAAGGCAAUGGGAGCAGCUCAGGUGUUGGUGAUGGAUCUGUCUGCCUCGAGGUUGUCUAAAGCCAAGGAAGUUGGGGCUGAUUUUGUCCUCCAGAUCUCCAAGGAGACGCCUCAGGAAAUUGCCAGUAAAGUGGAAGGUCUACUGGGCUGCAAGCCCGAAGUCACCAUCGAGUGCACAGGAGCAGAGGCUGCCAUCCAGGCGGGCAUCUACGCCACUCGUUCUGGUGGGACCCUGGUGCUCGUGGGGCUGGGCUCUGAGAUGACCCAAGUGCCUCUAGUGCAUGCAGCCAUCCGGGAGGUGGAUAUCAAGGGCGUAUUUCGAUACUGUAACACGUGGCCAGUGGCGAUUUCAAUGCUUGCAUCUAAGUCUGUGAAUGUGAAGCCUUUAGUCACCCAUAGGUUUCCUCUGGAGAAAGCUCUAGAGGCCUUUGAAACAUCAAGAAAGGGAUUGGGUUUGAAAGUCAUGCUCAAGUGUGAUCCCAGUGACCAGAAUCCCUGAUAUUAAUUGGGAUCUGUCUUCAUCCCCACUCUCUCAGCAUCUCAGGGCCAAUGGCUGGGUGGGGGUGAGCUUUGAUGCAGUGAUGCAGGAAUAGUAGUAAGAAUAACUAAAAUAAUUCCUUAUAAGCAGAGAGCUUUACACAGAGGAGUUGCAGUGCCUUAAAACCCCAAGUGGAAAUAGUUUGGAGGAACUUGCAGCCAGAAUGACCUGUUCGUGCUAAGCAAAGCUCAUCAACUAGAGCAGAGCUUGACAGUCUGUGCUAUGAAGUCCCCUUCUUCCUGGAGUGUUGUUGUUGAGCAAGGAACAAAAUCUGCCUGUUGUGUUCCUGGUUCCAUUGUGACUGUGACCAGGUCAGGGAUGGGGGCUCAGUUAUAAAGAGAACACUAGCAAGAUUUAAAUGAUCCAGAAGCUAAUUUGGAGGGGGGAGUGUAGGAAGUUUUAAUGUAGACCACAGUAUUCCUAGAUAUAAGUGCUAUUUAUUUGGUUUGAUGAUGAAAAGAGAACAAAGAAGUGACCUUCUUGGAUCUAAGAUAAUCUUAAAACCAAUCAAUCAAAUAAAAACACUAUCUCAGAUGAGAUUAAACCUGCUGUCUUCUCCAAAAGUCAGACAACUUCUCAACACUGAAGUAUGCCUGUUCUUCAACUCCUGUGUAAAUUACAUUGUAAGGUGCAGAACCCCCUUACCCAAACUCAUCAUUCCCACUCUUCACCAGGGGUGGCCACUGCAGUCUCCCUUGUCAGUAGGCAACCAGGAGCCUCCUGUGUAAGGACACUCACCUGGAGUCCUCCUGGAAGAACUUAAAUCCUGCCUGACUACCCAAGUCUGUUUUAUUGACCUCACAAAAUUAGCAUCCCCUUCUAGGCUCAAACUCUCAUGAUGAUUAGACAAUUACAUUCGUUCCUGCAAUUAGAAACAUAGCUAUCUAAGGCUCUUGGUAUCUUUCUGUCUUAUUUUAGUCCUGGGGCUUCCCCUUAAGACUUUGAUGCAAAUCACAUUAUACCCACUUGUGACUUUGAGAGUGUUAAUCAAGGAUGAGGAUAUGGUAGCCAUGACAGAACUUAGCCUUGGAAGUUUGAAGAGUUUCAGCUUUUUUUUUUUUUUUAUGACAACAGGCUAUGACAGUGCCUGGAGUUCCUCACACUGCUUUGAACAAUAACCCUGCUUCAAAAUUCAAUAAAUUUUGCUUGUCU